AGGCAGUUUUCUUUCUUGAGAAACUACCCAAGGCACCAUCAUAGAGUCUCCACUUCUUUCUCAGCUACUGCAGAAAAAUGUCAGAAAUGGAGCAAGUCAUGCAACCCCCAAGAGCUUCAAAUGGGACCCUUCAUAGAAAGAGGGAAAUAGCAGCCUGGCCCUUCUUUAGGCUAUGGAAAGUCUCUGAUCCAACUCUGUUCCAGAUGACCUUGCUUGCUGCUCUGUUGGCUAUUGUUGUUGGUGAUUGUGGUCUUCCUCCCAAUUUACCAUUUGCUUCUCCAAUAAAUACAUUGAAUGAGACAAGAUUCAAAACUGGAACUGUUCUGAAAUACAACUGCCGCCCUGGCUACAGUAGGGCCCUUUCAAGUCAGACUCUUGUUUGUAAAGUUCGAGGCCAGUGGGAGUACAGUGACUUCUGUGUCAAAAAACGAUGCAAAAACCCAGGAGAUUUACCUAAUGGGCAAGUGGAAAUUAAGACAGAUUUGUCUUUUGGAUCCAAAUUAGAAUUCAGCUGUUCGGAAGGAUAUAUCUUAAUUGGCUCAACCACUAGUCAUUGUGAGAUCCAAGAUAGAGGAGUUGAAUGGAGUGACCCUCUUCCACAAUGUGAAAUUGUCAAGUGCGAGUCACCUCCACACAUCAGCAAUGGGAAGCACAGUGGUGGAGAUGAACAAAUCUACGCAUAUGGGUCUUCAGUCACCUACACCUGUGACCCCAGCUUCUCACUCUUAGGCGAAGCCUCCAUUUCCUGCACAGUAGAGAAUAAAACAAUAGGUGUCUGGAGCCCAAGCCCUCCUACCUGUGAAAAAAUCACUUGUUCUCAGCCAAGUGUUCCACAUGGAAGUGUUGUUUCUGGAUUUGGACACACCUAUUCUUACAAAGACUCUAUUGUGUUUAAAUGCCAGAAAGGUUAUAUCCUCAGAGGCAACAGUUUAAUCCAUUGUGAAGCCGGUAACAUGUGGAAUCCUUCUCCUCCCAUUUGUGAGCCCAACAGUUGUAUUGGCUUACCAGACAUUCCACACGCUUUCUGGGAAGGAUAUCACAGGACAACAGAAGGGGACAUAUAUGAUAUUGGGACUGUGUUAAGGUUCCACUGUGAUGCUGGCUAUAAACCCAUUGCAGAUGAGCCCACAAUUGUGACUUGUCAGAAAAAUUUGAGAUGGACUCCGUUCAGUGGCUGUGAGGAGGUGUGCUGCCCAAUACCAGACCCAAAGAAAAUUAAAAUCACUCAACAUAAAAAAAAUCGUGCUGCCAAUAGCUGUGCCUAUUUCUAUAGAGACAGGAUUUCAUAUACAUGUGAUGAGAGCUAUGAAUUUUCAGCUACAUGCCAAUCAGAUGGCACAUGGAGUCCCCAGACACCAUCAUGCAAUCAGGGUUGCAGAUUUCCUCCUAGCAUUGCCCAUGGACAUCAUAGACGGGUUACUUCAUACAUUAUUCCCAAAGAUGAGUUUAUAUACGAAUGUGAUGAAGGAUAUACUCUGGUCGGACAGGCAAAACUCUCGUGCAGUUCUUCAGGCUGGUCACAUCCAGCUCCUCAAUGCAAAGCUCUGUGUGUGAAGCCAGACAUAGUACAUGGAAAACUGUCUGUGAAUAAGAGACAGUAUAUUGAAUCUGAAAAUAUCACCAUCCGUUGUGACUCUGGCUAUGGUGUGCUUGGUCCCCAAAUGAUCACUUGCUCAGAGAACAGAACCUGGUACCCAGAGGUGCCCACGUGUGAGUGGGAGGUUCCUGAAGGCUGUGAGCACGUGCUUGCAGGCAGAAACCUCAUGCAGUGUCUCCCACGCCCAGAGGAUGUGAAAAUGGCACUGGAGUUGUACAAGCUGUCUCUGGAGAUUGAACUACUGGAACUACAGAGAGACAAGGAGAAACUGUCCACUCUGGAGUUAUUACCAUAA